GGCAUUCAGAGCGCAUCCGCGCCGGACAGGGCGUGGGGGAGGAGGGAGCCGUGGUGGCAGCAGCAGCAGCAGCAGGAGGAGGUGUUGCCAUGGCGACGGCUGGAGGAAAUGGAUCAGCAGUCGCAUCAGGUCCGCGUCGCUGCUGAUGCCACAGCGAAGGGAGGCGAGGCUCGUGCUGGGGUUAGCGCCGCGCUAGGAGGACGCGGAGGAGGAACCGGGACCGCGGCGGGUGGGGGAAGGCGCAGACGACGGAGGGAAAGGAACAGCGGAAAGAAGCGGCGGCGAGGGGAGGGUAUCGCCAGAGGAGGGGAGAUAGCGGAGCAGCGGAGGAAGGCUGGCGCGAGGUUUUUGUGCUGGAUAGACGAACACGGGCAACGACGAGGGGGAGACGCGUUGAGAAAGAGAGAGAGCCAGACAAGACCGACGGACGGUAAAGGCGGACACGGGACCUCGUAUCGCAUCUGGUGUGGGAGUGCUCGCUCGCUGCGGGGAUCUGCUCGGAGGCUGCCGGCUGUUGCAACCCGGGCGCUCUCUCGCAGUCACGCGUCCUCACCUCCCCACAUUCAAUCCACCUCUGAGAGUAUCCAACCCCCACCAUAAUUACCUAUACUGCCCCCCCCCCACCCCACCCACCCACUAACCCCCCCCCCCAUCACUCACCUGUACGACUCAUCCCCGACCAUAUUCCUGAUUAACCAGCCACAUACUUCUCAACCCACCGAAGGGCCAUAGCUUCCCCCCGAACUUGACACCCCGGACUCCAACAGCCCAGUCCCCCUCUGACCCCCCACACGGUUCCCUUUUCAUCCCCUCCCACCACCAACAUCACCCCGCGCCCCCCUCCCUCCCUCCUCUCGUCCCCCUCUUUCUCUCUCCGCCUUCCGAGCCCGUUCCAAGGCGGAGGUGGUGGGAUUGUGGAUUUGUGUUUGCGGGAGCCCACGGGGUAAGCGCUGGGAGCUGGCGGCUGGGGGGAGACCGAGAACAUUUAUUUGAUUUUAUUUAUUUUAUUUCUGUGUGUGCGUGUCGGGCUGGGAGGCUGGGAGGGGGUGGUGGUGGUGGUGGUUCUAAGCCUCCGGAGCGACGAGAACAGCCCUGGCGGAGGCGUCUCAACGGCAGCGGGGACCGAGGAACUCAAAGACGGACGGCACGGAAGAGACGUUACAGCAGCAGCGACAAGAUUAACAAUAACAGCAGUGAUAUUAGUAGCAGCAGCAGCAGCAAAUAUUACGGAGAGCAAGCGGACGGCAAGCUGACAGAAGCUCAGAGCGCGGAGCUCCGAGUGAAUUACCCCUCUCUACGGUCCCACACGCACGCAACGGCUCCACUGGACGAGGAUUGAAGCCGAGCAAAGAGCCACCGCUGCUGCUCUUCGUUACAGGCGCACACGCGCCGUGCGGUGGUCCACCCGAUGCUGAGUGGAUCGUCGGCAUGAACAUGAGACGCAUGGGGACGCGACGAGACCCGAACGGGACCCUGGCUCCCUCCCUAUGGAUUCUGAUUCUCGUUUCGUGCGGCUGCAUCGGGGUGGCCCUGGCCGCUUUCCCCAACAACGUUCAAAUAGGAGGUCUCUUCACGCGCCAGGCUGACCAGGAGAACAGCGCAUUCCGAUUCGCAAUCGUCCUCCACGACACCGCCAACGCCAACUUCAGACUCAUCCCGCACGUGGAAACUUUGGAGACGGCCAACAGCUUCGCCGUCACCAACGCAUUUUGCUCGCAGUUUUCGCGUGGCGUUUUUGCCAUUUUUGGCUUCUACGACAAGAAGUCGGUGAACACGCUGACGUCGUUCUGCGGCGCCCUGCACGUGUCCUUCAUCACGCCCAGCUUCCCGGCCGAGGGAAACACGUCCUUCAUCCUGCAGCUGCGGCCGUCGAUCACCAUCGCCCUGCUCGACCUCAUCGCGCACUACAAGUGGCGUCAGUUUGUCUACCUGUACGACACCGACCGAGGCCUGGGAGUGCUGGCGAAAGUGAUCCAGGAGGCCUCCCAGCGCAGGUGGCAGAUGACCGCGCGGUGCGUGGAGAACAUGAACGACGAAGAAUACCGGGCCCUGCUCGAGGACCUGGACUCCCGCAAGCAGCACAACAUUGUUCUGGACUGCGAGCCCGAGCGCCUGGAUGCCAUCAUGUCUCAGGCUGUUAGUGUGGGCAAGCAUGUGCGUGGCUUCCAUUACAUCCUGGCUCAUCUGGGCUUCACGGACAUCGACCUGGAGAAGUUUCAGUAUGGUGGCGCAAACGUCUCGGGCUUCCAGAUCGUGGACUACGAAGACGCGGCAGUGUCGCGCUUCAUGAAGCAAUGGAACCAGCAGGAUGAGCGAGAGUACCCAGGCUCCGAGAGUCGCAUUCUCAAGUUCACUUCGGCGCUGACCUACGACAGCAUCCUGGUGAUCAGCGAGGCCUUCAAGAACCUCCGCAAGGACCGCUUUGAGCUGUUCCGCAAGGACAACGCCGGGGACUGCCUCGCCAACCCCCCGGUGCCCUGGCCCCAGGGCUACGACAUCCAGCAAGCCCUAAAAAACGUGAAGACCCACGGCCUCACAAAGACAAUACAAUUUAACGACCUAGGCCAACGCACCAACUACACCCUGGGCGUCAUGGAGCUGAGAACAAACGGCCCACAAAAGAUUGGCUACUGGUCGGAGAGAGCGCGCAACCUGGUGAUCACCAACCAGGAAAUGCUCGGCAGGAAUGGAUCGGGCAAAACUGGCAACCGGACCGUUAUCGUCACCACCAUCUUGGAUGCGCCGUACUUCAUGCUCAAGAAGAACCACGAGCAAUUUGAAGGCAAUGACAAGUACGAGGGCUACUGUGUGGACCUGGGCCAAGAGAUCGCUAUCCACGAACAGUUCGAGUACAAAUGGUCGGUGGUGCCCGAUGGUGCCUAUGGGGCACGAAAUCCUGACACCAAGGUCUGGAAUGGCAUGGUUGGAGAGCUGGUGUAUGGGCGGGCAGACAUCGCCAUCGCCCCGCUCACCAUCUCGCUGGUGCGCGAGGAAGUCAUAGACUUCUCCAAGCCGUUCAUGAGCCUGGGCAUCUCCAUCAUGAUCAAGAAGCCGCAGAAGUCCAAGCCCGGCGUCUUCUCGUUCCUCGACCCGCUCGCCUACGAGAUAUGGAUGUGCAUCAUCUUCGCGUACAUCGGCGUGAGCGUCGUCCUUUUCCUGGUGAGCCGCUUCAGCCCCUACGAGUGGCAGCGCGACGACGACACCGAUGUCGAGCCCAACGGCAACGGUGGGGCCGGUGGGGGUGGAGGAGGAGGGGGCAGCGGCGGUGGUGCGGGGGGCGGCAGUGGUGGGGGUGGGGAGCCCCCCAACGAGUUUGGCAUCUUCAACAGCCUCUGGUUCUCCCUCGGCGCGUUCAUGCAGCAGGGAUGCGAGAUCUCGCCCAGGUCGCUCUCAGGGCGGAUCGUCGGCGGUGUGUGGUGGUUCUUCACGCUGAUCAUCAUCUCGUCGUACACGGCCAACCUGGCUGCCUUCCUCACCGUGGAGCGCAUGGUGUCACCCAUCGAGAGCGCCGAUGACCUGGCCAAGCAGACGGAGAUCGCCUAUGGCACACUUGACUCUGGAUCCACCAAAGAGUUCUUCCAGCGCUCCAAAAUUGGCGUCUACGAAAAGAUGUGGCUCUUCAUGAAGGACGCCGAGCCCAAGGUUUUCGUGAGGACCAACGCCGAUGGCGUUUCGCGAGUGCGCAAGUCCAAGGGCAAGUACGCCUACCUGCUCGAGUCCACUACAAACGAGUACACGGAGCAGCGCAAACCCUGCGACACGAUGAAAGUGGGCGGCAACCUGGACUCCAAGGGUUACGGCAUCGCCACACCAAAGGGAUCGGCAUUAAGAGAUGCAGUUAACCUGGCCGUUCUAAAACUGAACGAACAAGGCCUGUUGGACAAAUUGAAAAACAAAUGGUGGUAUGACAAGGGCGAGUGCGGAAGCGGGGGAGGCGACUCCAAGGUUAGCUUCGGCCUCCCUGAGCGUCCAACUCCGGUAAACCUUGCCGUUUUGAAACUGAGUGAGGCAGGAGUCUUAGACAAGCUGAAAAACAAAUGGUGGUACGAUAAAGGGGAGUGCGGUGGCAAGGACUCCGGAAAUAAGGACAAAACGAGCGCUCUGAGCCUCAGCAAUGUGGCGGGGGUGUUUUACAUCCUCGUGGGAGGGCUUGGUCUGGCCAUGCUCGUGGCUCUCAUCGAGUUCUGCUACAAGUCGCGCACGGAGGCCAAGCGCAUGAAGCUGGUGGCGCAGAGCCUUCUCAAGCCGCCGGCGCCCCCUCCGCCGCCGCCUAACUACAACCCCACGUCAGGUGGCAGCCAAGCCAAUCCCGGUGUGGGGUUCACGUACAAGGAGGGCUACAACGUGUACGGCACCGAGACCAUCAAGAUCUAACGGCACAGCAGCAGCAGCUCACACCCCGUGAGCUAGAGCAGAAGGAAGGCUUUUGAGUCCGACCCUUCCGUGCCUCCACUUGGGAGACAAAAAAGAAGAUUUUGUUGGCGAAAAAGCCAUUCGCGCACGUAGAUUUGUUCUCUUUUCUUUUUUCUCCCUUCUGUUCUAUUUUUGGAACGUAUACGUUUAUGUUACAUUGUAAAAUGUAACAUUAUAAUAAGCGUAUCCUGGGGGGGGGGGGGGUUAUCAAAGGUGUCCGUUUUAUUUCUGCCUUGUUGAACGGUACAGUCUUCUGCUUUUGAACUAGGUUGCAGCCUGGCCCUAUUUGGUUCUGGUGCGUGCUUGACUCUGUAGUUAUGAUUUACACAUCUGCAUUAACACAUAACCUGUUCUGUUAUAGACAGGGUACUCAAAGCAUCCAACAUUAUAAGCUUUUUUUUCCCUUCUUUUAGACUGUCAAAUGAUAGAUGAAAGAAAACAAAUCUAAAAAGGAUAGUGUUUGUUAAAAUAUAACAGUGCACAACAAGAUUUACAUUUGUAUAUACAAUAUACCUUUAACAAUAUGCCUUUAUAGGUGUACAUGUACAUGUACAUUUUUCAGCCUUGAUUGUAUAUAUCUCAGGUUUCAUGCACUUCAUUAAGCUUUUUUCGCUUCAGCAUUGGCUGUUAAUAAGCAUAAAUCAUAAUGCUACCACAAACUUCAUCCAUUCUGAGCAGUUUAUUUUUUGCUCGGGUUUUUUUCUCCUUUGGUCAAAUGUGCAUUUAUUAGUUUUUACAUAUCUACACCUGCUUGCACUGCAGGCAACGGGCAGAGUCAAGUGAACUUUCUGAUGCUUUUGCGAAACUUCAUAUAGUCGAGGCACAGCUUUUUCGAAAGCCAAUUUACAGCAGGGUGCAGCGAUGAGAAUGAUCCUGACACUGCAAUUAUCAACUCAGUCUGCAACGGUGUGCCCCAAAAAUAGAUUUCCUCCGUGAAGUAACUGCAAAAGAGCAGCACAUCUUGAGUUGAGUUUGAAGAGCAUAUAUGAACCCACAUUGUAGACUGACUCACGAAUAACCAUCCGGGGCCCCAGUGACAUGAGAGAUUAUUUAACCCUUACCCAAAUGGGGUGGCAGAAUGACAUUGUUUUAUUGUUAUACCAAUGCCCUGGUAAAUCCUUAUAAUGGCGCUGUGCAGGAGUCUGUGGGACAUUAUGGUGUACGGGUUGUGAUUCACGCUUCAGGACACCGUGGAAGAACUAAGCUCUUCACUGACGGAGCCGUUGAGACAAACAUUGAUUGAAAAGAGGAACGGAAUUACGGUCAUCCCAGUGAAGAUGUUGGUCCUGGACUGUGCCAAAACUUGGCUUUCGAGAGUGAGAAUGACCUUUGUUUAUUUUUUUAUGUUUAUGAAUGGCAGUGUGGGGUCUUUAUGAGAUUUAAAAAGACGAAAUGUGGAAAAUGAAGUUGGAAGCUCGUUUGACAAAAUGCAUCGUGAACUUCUACACCUGCCAGAAAAUUAAGUGGGUUGUGCACGCAUUAAAAAAACAAAACUGCAUGGACUCUGAGACAAUUUCACUGAAAGAGCGACAAGUGCACCAGGACAGUAAAACUCUUUUAAAAGAGUGAAGUGGUAACUUUAGGAGUCUGCUGACAUGGCAUGAUUCUCAGAAAUGGUGUGCAGCUUCUCGGAAUUCAGAUGUGGGAAAAAAAAGGAAAAUCUGAGAGGCAAGAGAGGGGAAAUUUUGUUGUAAGGGAAUUAAAAAUGACAUUAACACCCCACGGAUAGAUUAGCAACCUCUUUUGGCAUCUGAAAUGACAGGCAUCUACGGGACUGUUACUUUCACACAAGCACUGUCUGGCAUCAUGAGACCUUGCUUAUCAGACAGACGCAAACAUAUCAGUGUUUUUAUCCAAAAAAGGACUUACAGCGCAACUCGCACACCACACAACUCUGCUGCCUGAAGCGACAAAACUUGGGUAUUAAUAUACAUAUAUAUGUAACUUAUAUAUACAUGAAUAUAUAAAUGCGAGAUGGGGGGGGGAGCGGUGGGAAGUCAGUACAUAAAUACUCGUGCAGUAUUGGCAUUUCCAUGAAACAUGCGAAAUAAUGGAAGUUGUCACACAUUGCUGACAUUGAAGGCUAAAACGGUGCUGCUUGCCAUGCAGAUUUGUACCCCGUUGCUGCCACCCCCCCACCACCCCCCAAUCUGGCCGUACGGGCGAAUCGGGCGGUGGCAACGCAAGGGGCGAUGGGAAUGGCCAAACGGAGUGUGCUUCAGUGUGAAAUUCCAAGUGAAAAGAGUCUUUGCUGGAAGCGCUCAAUGCUACGAUCGAAUACUAAGGGAGCAAACAUGUAACAUUCUCAACCAGCGUUGACAUCUAAGAAGGGACUUCUCUGUACACGAGGCAACACUUAUCACACCCUCAGCCUUGAAAGGAAUUAGAGCAACACUUUAAAACAGUGUAAUAUUUUACAAGUCUUCAUUUGUUUUUUUUAUUGUCAUCUUUUUUUAUUUUUACGAUGUAUGCAUUAUGCAGAACAAGAGCUUGCUUGUUUUAAUGUUAAUAUAAAAAAAGUGUUAUAUGGAGCCAAUGGUACUGUAUGUGAAAAAGAAAAGUAUUUUAAAUGUUAUCACCUUUUUUGCCUCACCAAUUAUUGAUAAAUCACUCAUGCUUGUGCGCUCUAUAUUGAGAAACAUUGCUUUAUGCGUUUUAACAAAAAGUAUAUUCCUUUUUUGUUGAGAAAAUGUUGGCCAUAACCACCUAUACAUAAAAAAAAAAACUUUUUCUGCAAAUAUAAAAUUAAUGGAGCACAUGAAUUAUACGUACAUGGAUAUAAACGCACACAUCGAAAUAUACCAUACUUGCAUCUACACAUUGUACACAGACAAAUGCACAUACAGUUGUCACAACGACAGAUCGCCUGUAUGGCGUUAACAGACUUUUGGGGCAAGUGCUGUUUGAGAGCACCUAUGAAGGCCUGCACGGCACAUGAGAGGGUUUGUGGCCAGCACCACGCCCGGCCGUCUUUGUUUCCCUCGUGGCGAUACUUACACAUCACACUAGGUACUCAUGUGAGGCUGAGUCGACCUAGGAGAGGCCGAGGAAUGGUUCAGAUAACGUCACUGGUGUUGCCCGUGAGCGGAAAUGGAACUCUGAUCGCCGAGUUCGUAGCGCAGCAUGCUAACCACUGCGCCACCGUUCCCCGCUGUUUGCAUAUACAAAACACAUGCAUACAUACGACAUCGUAUUUCCAAAUGUCUUUCCAUUCAAUUGCUCAUGUAAUGGUUCAUUAGAACAAACCGUGGGACUACUCUGACAAGUGUUUCAUCAUUAAAUAGAUGUACUGUAAUGUACUAGCUUCAGGAGUUUAUUAAAUAUGUUUUUCUUUAUUUGAUUUUAAUUUGUGAGUAUUCCAUCAAAAGGACUGGAUGCAGUGAGGUUGUUUACAACAGGAGGAGCUUGAAACAAACUGGAUGUACAGACAGCGAUGAAGACUCUUAACACGAUUUUGUCAUUCACUGCUUGUAAUGGGAUUGCAGGCCAUUGCUUCAGUAUUUGUGCUAACAUGUUGUAAGUAACACAAAAACAAAUUAUAGAUUAUUGACAUGUGGCCAUUUUCUAAUCCAAUAAAUUUGCAAGAAAUUAAA